UAGCCCAUAUCGGUACCAUUCUGAUGGUCUGCUGUAGAUAGAAAAUUUGAUACAUCACCAUCGACAUCAUCAUCCUCCUCCUUGGAACCUGCCGUCCCUAAGAGCUACAGCGCAUGAAAUCCUAUCCCAUCUCCACGUCUUCUUCGAUCCUUUGCGCACAUCUAUUGGCACGAUACGCUGGCAUCGGCGUCUACCCGUUGUUGGGAAAUGGUAAAACACUUCCCUCCCGUCUCAUGUCCGCUGCUCCGUUUGCCAGCGCGUUUACCAUUCCCAGAAUCCUCUGAAAGCAUGCUCCUGCUUAAAAGUCCAACGACUGGGAUUCUAUUAACAUCUCCGCUCUUCCAACUCAACUCACCCUUCCAACUUCAUCUUCUUCUUCGGCCAAACACUCUUCCAUAUAUAUCCCAGUCUUUCCCGGUUUUUAUAUAUGCAUCACUACUUCGACUGCUAUAUACAAUUCGAGGAGCCCGCUCCCCUGAACGCCCCUUUCGCCUAUGGCGAAGACCAGCUGCACUCGCCGUCCCCGGCCCGGAUAAGAUCGCGAGGCAGCGGGGGUUGUUUUGUGUUAUCGAAAUUCCGAAACCUCACCAGGGCUUGGAAGGAGAGAAUGAAGUGAAACCAACGGGGCAAAUAAGAUCGCAGGUGAACAUAGGCUUCUUCAAUAUUCACUGUAUACACUGCCUCGUCACCUUCCAAAACGACGUGGCCGGAGAAUCCGCGACGCGCCUCUAUAUAUACCCUUCCUCGCCAAUUAUGGAUGUUUUGGUACUGGCGUGCCAUCUCAUUCUCGCGAUUUUAGUUUUGAACUACAUUGUAGGCGUAGCCCGGUCGGUUGAGGUCGUCAUUCCGUCCAUACUGUCAGCGCUGAGAGCCACGCACAGCGUCUGAUUUCCCAUUAGAGGGUUUCAGGGCAGUAUGGCGAACUCAAAUUGUAUGAAAACCAGCCCCCCAUCUUCUCGUCCCUUCUUACCUCCACACGUCCUGACAAUUAUGUUGCAUCAGACGUGUCGCUCGCACGGUACUCGUCCUCUGCACUCUCGAAAACUUCGAAAGCGUCUCUCCAUCAUCGAUGUUGUCAUUC